AUGAUAACAUGGAUUAACUUAGUGGAAUCUAGCGGAGCAAUUCUAUCAGAUUCGAUGUUAAUUGCAAAAGCUCUUAAAUUUGGAAAAAAUUUUCCAGAAUUUAAAGCAAGUCGUGGGUGGCUAGAAAAGUUUAAAUUACGAAAUGGUAUCAAGUUAAGAAAAUUUCACGGAGACAGUGGAUCAGUAAAUCAUGAUGAAAAAUCUAUUACUGAUUUUAAUGAAACAAUGAGUUUAAAAAUUGAACAAUAUGGAUUGGACAAUGUUUAUAAUGCAGAUGAAACUGGUGUUUUUUACAAGGCGAUUCCUUCCAAAAGUGUGUGCACCAAAUCACGGCCUGGAAUAAAGUUGUCGAAGGAUCGAUUUUCGUUACUAUUAUGCGCAAUUUGUUCUGGUUCCGAUAAAAGAAGGCCUGUGAUGAUAGGAAGAUUCAAAAGUCCAAGGUGUUUUAAAAAUUUCAACAUUGGAAAAUAUGUUACCUACACCCAUUCCAAUAAGGCAUGGAUGAACCGUGAAAUUUUUAACAAGUGGCUCAGUGAUUUUGAUUGUGAACUUGCAAAGAAAAAAAGAAAAAUUCUACUUGUAAUAGAUCAAUGUCCAUUUCAUCAAAUUAUUUAA